UCUCCGGCCGCCGCCGCCACUGCCACUGCUUCGCGGGGUAGAGGGCCCGGGUGUCCUCGGGCGAGAGGAGGCUGCGGGUGGGAGCCUUCGCGGGCACUGAGGAGCGGGCCGGGGGAGGCCGGGAUGGAGCCCCCCGGAGUUGACUGAAGCGAGGAAGCCGGGUUCCAGAGUCUCCAGGCGGGACCUCGGGGCGUCCUGGGGCCGCCACGGAUGGUCUGAGGGCAUCGCAGACAUGGCUCACCUCAGGGGAUUUGCCAACCAGCACUCGCGUGUGGACCCCGAGGAGCUCUUCACCAAGCUGGACCGUAUCGGCAAGGGCUCCUUUGGGGAGGUGUACAAGGGCAUUGACAACCGCACCAAGGAGGUGGUGGCCAUCAAAAUCAUCGACCUGGAGGAGGCCGAGGACGAGAUCGAGGACAUUCAGCAGGAGAUCACUGUGCUCAGCCAGUGUGACAGCCCGUACAUCACCCGCUACUUCGGCUCCUACCUGAAGAGCACGAAGCUGUGGAUCAUCAUGGAGUAUCUGGGCGGCGGUUCUGCGUUGGACCUGCUCAAACCUGGCCCCCUGGAGGAGACCUACAUCGCCACCAUCCUGCGGGAGAUCCUGAAGGGCCUGGACUACUUGCACUCGGAGCGCAAGAUCCACCGAGACAUCAAAGCUGCCAACGUGCUGCUCUCAGAGCAGGGUGACGUGAAGCUGGCGGACUUUGGGGUGGCGGGGCAGCUCACGGACACGCAGAUCAAGAGGAACACAUUUGUGGGCACCCCUUUCUGGAUGGCACCCGAGGUCAUCAAGCAGUCGGCCUAUGACUUCAAGGCUGACAUCUGGUCGCUGGGGAUCACAGCCAUUGAGCUGGCCAAGGGCGAGCCUCCGAACUCUGACCUCCACCCCAUGCGCGUCCUGUUCCUGAUCCCCAAGAACAGCCCGCCCACCCUGGAGGGCCACCAUAGCAAGCCCUUCAAGGAGUUUGUGGAGGCCUGCCUCAACAAAGACCCCCGAUUCCGGCCCACUGCCAAGGAGCUCCUGAAGCACAAGUUCCUCGCGCGCUACACCAAGAAGACCUCCUUCCUCACUGAGCUCAUCGACCGCUACAAGCGCUGGAAGUCAGAGGGGCACGGCGAGGAGUCCAGCUCCGAGGACUCAGACAUUGAUGCAGAUGCUGAGGACGGAGAGCAGGGUCCCAUCUGGACGUUCCCCCCCACCAUCCGGCCAAGCCCACACAGCAAACUGCACAAGGGGACUGCCCUGCAUGGCCCCCAAAAGUCAGCGGAGCCUGUCAAGAGGCAGCCGAGGUCCCAGUGCCUAUCCACGCUGGUCCGGCCUGUCUUUGGAGAGCUCAAGGAGAAGCACAAGCAGAGCGGUGGGGGCGUGGGGGCGCUGGAGGAGCUGGAGAACGCCUUCAGCCUGGCUGAGGAGUCCUGCCCCGGUAUCUCGGACAAGCUGAUGGCUCACCUGGUGGAGCGGGUGCAGAGGUUUUCGCACAACAGAAACCACCUGACAUCCACCCGCUGAAGGGUGCUGCUGCUUGAGGAGCACAGGGAGGAAGGUCUGACCUGUG